UCUCAAUCCACACGCUUGACGAACCCUCUCUCUCUUUCCCUCUCUCUCUCUCUCUCUAUAUAUAUUACACAUAAGUGAUAUAAUUAUAUCAGUUUAUCCCCGCCAUACCUAUGCAUAACAGUAUGCUUAUAGCACACAAAACAAAUAUUAAAUAAUAAUAAAUAAAUAAUAUUUUUAGAGAUAAUGGGAGGAUGGGGUACAGUGAAGGAGGGUAAUCUCAGCCCCCCUCCACCACCCCCAGGAUAUCGAUUUUACCCUACAGAGGAAGAACUCAUCACCUUCUACCUUCACAAUCACCUCCUCCAUACCCAUAACCAAACCCUAAUUCGCCACGUCAUCCCUCUCCUCAACAUUUACAACUUCGACCCAUGGCAUCUCCCAAAGCAUUCUGGGGAGCUCUGCCGCGGCGACACCGAGCAGUGGUUCUUCUUCACGGGGAGGCAGGACCGGGAGUCCCGCGGCGGCCGGCCCACCCGCAGCACCGCCUCCGGCUACUGGAAAGCCACUGGCUCGCCGAGCUACGUCCGCGCCGCCGCCGCCGGGAAGGUCAUCGGCGUCAGGAAGUCGAUGGUGUUCUACAAGGGGAAGGCUCCGAUGGGGUGCAAGACCAAGUGGAAGAUGAACGAGUACAGAGCCAUCCAACAGGAUCCCGCCACGUGUACCCCUCGGCUGCGGAAUGAAGUGUCCCUCUGCAGAGUUUACGUGGUGUCCGGGAGCACAAGGGCGUUCGACCGCCGGCCGGAAGCUUUUCCGGCGACGGCGAUCAAGAUCGACAAAGAAGACAGAUUGUAAUUGAAAUAUAUACUUCCUUGUCUUUACCGUCUCAUAUAAAGAAUAAUAUUUGUUUUUUGAA